AUGACGCACCAGCUGCCGCCGAACCUGCUGCGCCUCUUUGCGCCGCGGCCGCCGCUCGAUGCCGCCGAGCCGCUGCCGCUCGACCGCGACCCCGCCGCGCCGCCGCGCCGCUCGCGCCGCGUGCCGCCGCUGCAGGGCGUCGCCGCCUUCCUCGAGCGCGCCAAGCAGGAGGCCGCCGACAAGGGCGAGGUCACCGAGCAGGACGGCGAGUUCACACACGCCGAGCAGACGAAGCGCGAGAUGCGCCGCGAGGAGCGCCGCAAGAAGCACGAGGAGGCACGCAAGCGCGGCGAGGCCGAGUUCAACCCGGCCAAGGACCCAGAAGCCAUCGGCGACCCCUUCACCACGCUCUUCCUCUCUCGGCUCCCCUAUGACCUGUCGGAGAAGGAGCUCACGCGCGAGUUCGAGGUGUACGGGCCGAUCGAGCGGCUGCGGAUUGUGCGCGACAAGGAGGGCAAGUCGCGCGGCUAUGCCUUUGUCGUGUACGAGCGGGAGCGUGACAUGCGGACUGCAUACAAGGAGGCGGAGGGCAUCAAGAUUGGCGGGCGCCGCAUCAUGGUCGACGUGGAGCGGGGCCGGACAGUCAAGGACUGGAAGCCGAUGCGGUUGGGCGGCGGCCUCGGCGGCGCCACGCGCAAGAAGAAGGAGGUGGCGCCGCCGCCGGACAUGAUGUUCGGCGGUGGCUUCCGCGGCGGCUUCCGCGGUGGAUUCCGGGGUGGCUUCGGCGGACGGGGCGGCGGCUUUGCUCCGCGCGGCGGCUUCGCGCCACGAGGCGGCUUUGGAGGCCCACCGGGCGGUGGCUACGGCGGUCCGCCGGGCGGCGGCUUCGGCGGUCCGCCAGGUGGCUUCGCACCACGAGGAGGCUACGGCGGCGCACCGCCGGGGCGAGGCGGCUUUGCGCCAAGGGGAGGCUAUGGAGGCCCGCCGGGCCCUGGCGGCGACGGCGGCGGGUACGGAGGGCCACCGCAGGGCGGACCGCCGGCAGCUGGCUACGGUGGAGGGUACGGCGGCCCGCCGGCCGGAGGACCGCCCAACGGCGGCGGCUACGGGCACAGCGACGGCCCGCCGGCCAAGCGCGGGCGCUACUAAAACGUCUGCAGGCGGCGUCGUGCUGGAUCUGGAAGCGCCAUCGCCCGGCAGAUGGACACGUCACACACACACUCAGAGGCACGCGGCGAUCAUGCAGGCCGCGUGCGCGGUAAUGCUCAUGCCUAUUCCAGCCGC